GGGGACGUAUCUGCGAAAACGCCGAGGAAUCCCACUCCCCCCUCCUCUCCCUCUCUUCCUCCCCUCGAGGCGCCCGUCUCGUCGCUUUGCUCCCCACGAAAGAAUUCUAAAUUCUUGCUUAACAAAACGAGAAAGCGGAUCCUGUCCUUCGUGGGAUCCGCAUCGGUUCUUGCCCUCGCCGCGUCGAAUCCGGCAGCUCUUCUUUGCUCCCCUGAAUCCCUCCGCCGCCGUCCACUGAGCCGGCGGUCGUUGGGAUCUUGCGUCGGGGGGCGAUCCAGCCGGGGGCGGAGAUGGCCGGCGGGAAGGAGCCGAUCGAGGUGAAGUUCCGCCUGUUCGACGGCACGGACAUCGGGCCCAACAAGUACGACCCCGCCACCACCGUCACCGCGCUCAAGGAGUUCGUCCUCGCUCGGUGGCCGCAGGAUAAAGACAUUGUUCCAAAAACUCUCAAUGACGUGAAGCUCAUCAAUGCUGGAAGGAUACUUGAGAAUAACAAAACUCUUGCUGAGUCUCGAGUCCCAGUAGGAGAAGUUCCAGGAGGUGUGAUCACGAUGCAUGUUGUUGUACGCCCUCCCCAAAGUGACAAAAGUGAUAAGCACCUCUCGAAUUCUCCCAAGCAGAACAGAUGUGGGUGCACGAUAUUGUGACGCUUCGGUUCAGCCCGCGUUGUGUAUUUCUGUAUAUUGGUGCCAUCCAUCCAUGCUCACAACGAUUGCAAGUUUUCACCCUAACAAUUGAUUCUUGCAAGCCAAUUCUUGAAAAGCCUAGAGGCGGUAACUUAACACCCACAUAUAUUUCAUCUCUGCUCGACGGUAAGGUUUGGUUACGGCAGGGGCCCUUCCACAUAUCCAUGUAAGCUGUAACGAGUAUGCAGGAAAGUCAAGAGCUGGGGUACUCGCUGUUGUUUUUAAGAUGUAGACAUUGUGUAGUGACGUCGUAAAAUGAGGUUCCACUUCUUCUUUUUUGCUUCUACAUAUAUACUCGUAUAGUAUUUGUUGAGAUUUUUCCCACUGAGUUGCUGAUACUACAUAUAUAUAUAUCCGUUAUUAUAAUGUAAUAGGGAAGUGAUUUCUGUCCAAAAGUGUAAAGGGGAUAUGUUGGACUGACGGAAAGCAGUUUGUAUGUGUGUUUU